AUGCCCCAGUCUGAUAUCCUGAGGGCUCUGGAACAGGGUUUGCAGGUGGCCCACUGUGUCUCUCAGCACAGCCCGUCACCCCUCUCCUCCCCCUCCCCACCCUCCUCAGGCAGCACCGGACGAUGUGACUCUGUUACAGCCAGUACGAUAUCAGCCAACAGCCCUACAGAUGAGGAGACGUUCUUGGAGCACACCCCUCCUUCUUCGGUCUCCGGUGGAGAGGCAGGAGGAAGAGGAGGAGAGUUAACCGGGUCUUGUUCCCCUGUCCCGUCUGUCCUCGCCCCCAGCCUCACCCCUGCCUCCCAGCCUAACAUCUCUCUACUGACCGACGACAACACAGACUCUCUGAGCGUCGAGUCACUGACCCUGCUGCCCCCGGCUGACCACCUGCACGCACUCGGCUCACACACACACCUCGGCACUGAUACGGCUAUCAGAGAGGAGGAGGAGGAGGAGGAGGAGGAGGGGCUAGAGAAGAGAGAAGGGGAGGAGCCAAAGGAGGAAGUGGAAGGGUCGGCGAUGGAGGAAGAGGAGGAGGAGACUGAAACCGAAACAACAAUUCAAGAGACAGCUGAAGCAGAGAUGGGAACGCCCACUGAGCAAGACACGCCCCUUUCUUCUGAGGGAGACACACCCCUUUCUUCUGAGGGGAGACACCCCUUUCUUCUGAGGGAGACACACCCCUUUCAGCUGCAUCAGAAGGGGAGGAGACUGGUCAGGACACACCCACGGGAGAGGAAAACACACCUGCGAAAGAGGACACGCCCACAGAAACACCCUGAUUAAAGAGGACACACCCACAGAAACACCCUGAUUAAAGAGGACACGCCCACAGAAACACCCUGAUUAAAGAGGACACGCCCACAGAAACACCCUGAUUAAAGAGGACACGCCCACAGAAACACCCUGAUUAGAGGACACACCCACAGAAACACCCUGAUUAGAGGACACACCCACAGAAACACCCUGAUUAAAGAGGACACACCCACAGAAACACCCUGAUUAAAGAGGACACACCCACA